CCUCUUUUAAACGGCUUACUUUAAAAGCGCGUUUGUUCAUGUUCCUCUCCACAGCUGUGUUUUUUGAUUCUGUGCCAAUACCUGUAGGCCUUGAUUUAUAUCUUGUAAGGUGCGAUCAAUUCAAUUCCCAUCCAUCCAUCCUUAAUUCCUGAAUUUUGCUCCACCCUGAAAUUGUCAUGAUGUCACAUCCUGUAUCAGCAUGCGGCUAAAACCUGAAUCGUCAUCCUAAUUUGAUCCAGCCAGCCAGCCUCUACGCGUCGCGAUGAAGAGUAUUAUUGUGCUGAUUCUGACGCUACACUGUGGCCAAGGUAUUAGUGAUGUUACUCAAGAUCCAAGUGUUUUAAUGGCAGUGAAAGGGAGUUCUGUUCGGUUGAACUGCACACAUAAAAAGGAUAUUUCAUUCAGUCAGAUGUACUGGUAUCGACAGCGUCCAGGACAAACUAUGACUCUAAUCGUGUUCACAAGCAGUUUGAGCACUAACUUUGAAUAUGGUGAUUUUGAUAAAAACAAAUUUCCAGCCAUAAAAACUGUUCCCGAGAGUGGAUCUCUGACUGUGAACGAUGUGGAGACCGAAGAUAGCGCUGUCUAUUUCUGCUCAGUCAGCGCUUCAAGUGGAGAUGGUGUUUCGCAGCCUGGCAUUCUAUGGUCACUCCGGGGGAAUCCUGUCCAAAUAAACUGCACACACAAUAAAGGCCUUGACUACAAUCAGAUGUACUGGUACCAGCAGAGAAAAGGAGGAAGUUUGCACCUCAUUGUGUUCACAAAGAGCUAUGAUGUUCCAGAAUUUGGAGAUUCUGAUCAAAGUAAAUUCAAAGCACAUCAAACGGUUCCAGAGAGAGGGACCUUUACUGUGAAGAAUUCACAACCAGAUGAUAGUGCCGUGUAUUUCUGUUCAGUGAGCAAACACAGUGUAUCAAAAUUUAGAGGAAGAUGUACAAAAACACCUCAUAUAUUGUCAAAAAUAAAUAACAUACCAUCCAAAAGGGGGCACUAUGGUACAAGUAAACAAGAGUCUUCCAUCCAGUGUCUUGUGGAAUGAAAGCCCAUGUUUUCCUAUCAAAGAGAUGCAUUUAAGAGAGAAAACUAAGCUGCCACCCUAGACAUCACUUCACUUCGUCUCCUGUAUUUGAUUCAUACUGGAAUCAUUCAGCAAAACAUGAGUAACGCUCACUGUCUCUGUGUUUCUGUCUUUGUUCUGUGUCUUGCAGGUAACUAUUUUUAGCUUUCAUAGUACAUUCUGUCAUUAAGAUAUAUAAGAUAUCAUCGCAUCAUUAUAGAAUUUAACCAUUUAUAUUCUCUUUACAGUCACUGUUCUUGGUAAAAGUGCUGUCCAGACUCCUCCUGAUCUCUUGAAGAAAGAAAAUGAAUUUGCUGAGAUCAAAUGUACAAACAAUGUACAAGGUUAUGAUGUCAUACAGUGGUACAAACAAAGCCAGAGAACCACGGG